AAACAUUUACUACAUACAAGUACGUAUUAGUAUUAUCACUACGUAUACAGAUAAAUGAUGUUCCGACUCAAUGUUUUUCUAGGAGUUUUUAUUUUAACCUUCUACGUGUGUAUUGCAACAGCUACUACAACCACAGAUGAAGGUUGUACUGCUAUAAAGGGAAAAUGUCAAAAUGUACUGACCACACCUUGCACUGAUGGCAAUAAAUUCUAUGAGUUGUUAUGUGCAGGAGCUGAUCAAUUUUGCUGUGCCAAGGAAACUGCUAAAGAGAAAGACUGCCGUGCACAAGGAGGAGCGUGUGAAUACAACUGUGUAGGAUCAUUUCCACAUCCAAAUAUUUGUGAAGGCCACAUGUCAUGCUGCAUAGCAUUCAAUUAGCAGUGGUUAAAACAAAUUGUAAAAAUUAAUAAAUUAUACAUAAUUAUAAAUAAUACA